AUGGUCUCACAAACCUGGCUCAUCCUCUCGGAGUUGCAGCUCGGGAAGAUUUCGGUGGCGAAGGCGGAAGGAGGGGAGCUUUUGUGGUUCUGCCGGUUCAUCGAUCAAGUAGAGCGCGUCGCAACUAUGCGUCGAUUGUCUACCCAGUUGGUUCUUUAUUUCAGACAUUUGAGGCCUCUACCUUCGUUAAAUUCAUCUUAUCAUUGUCAAGUACACCGUACUAUCUGCCACCAUGCGCGUCGAGCCUCGAUAUAUCGCCUAUCCCCCAAGGUCCAGCUACGAGGCGCCAAGACCAAGACAACAGUGAAACUAAAAGACCUUCCUCAAGGUGUUCUCAAAUUAGAUGCUUAUGAUGAUCGAGUCGAUGAGGCUCCCCGUUAUCCGACUGUGGUACAGGGACAUCGAAACAAUAUGCAGACAUUCAAGAACUGUGUUGUGUUAACUCGUGUUGGGGGCUUUUAUGAGCUUUAUUUUGAGCAGGCUGAAGAGUUUGCACCAUUGCUCGGUCUCAAGCUUGCGACUAAAAAGACCAACGGUGGACCAGUGCCCAUGGCCGGCUUUCCGUUCUUUCAAUUGGACCGUUUCCUCAAAAUGCUCGUCCAAGAUCUCAACAAGUAUGUGGCUAUUAGCGAAGAGUUCGCAAUAAAUGCAGAAGACAAAACGAGCUCAGGUCUGUUGUUUGAUCGAAAGGUAGCUAGGAUCAUCACACCCGGCACGUUGAUUGAUGAGAAGUUCAUUGAUCCUUCCGAGCACAACUUCCUGCUGGCAAUCUACUUGGAUCUUCCCACUUUGGAAUCGCAGCUGAAACAGCAUGCCCAAAAGGAUGGAGAAUCACCGCAUCAGCAUGUGUUGUCUUCUGUGCCUCAGCAAGUAGGAUUGUCUUGGUUAGAUCUCUCGACGGGUGAUUUCUUCACUCAACUCACAACGACUCAGAUGCUGCCAUCUGCAAUUGCCCGAAUCGGGGCUCGUGAGAUUCUAGUAGAUCAAAACGUUCAAGAUGUUAUCGGACAUGAGCUGCAAAUGUUGGUAGGGCAUGACCACCGCCUUAUCACCUUCUUCCCAUUUCCCAAAGCAAUUGAACCAAUAUCUGAAUGGGGAUCAAUGCUUGAAUCCCCCGUUCCUGAGAAUACGCGAGCCUCGUUCACCUCUGAGGAAGUCGCAGCUGGGUACAGCCUACUUGAAUAUAUUCGUGUGCAGUUACAAGGAUCAAAUCUCAAGCUCCAGCCUCCUCUUCGAAGACAUCUCAAUGAAUCAAUGAGCAUUGAUCGUAAUAGUUUGAGUGGUCUUGAGAUACUAGAAACAGCAAGAGAUGGUUUUGGGAAAGGAAGUCUUCUUCACGCGGUCCGAAGGACUUCUACCAAAAGCGGAGCACGGCUUUUACGAGAUCGACUGACUUCCCCGUCCACGUCCUUGCAAGUCAUCAACGAACGCCUGGACCUGGUCUCAGUCUUUAUCGAAAAUGCGGAACUUCGAGACAGUAUCAUCCAACUCCUCAAACGUAGCUAUGACUCCCAGCGCUUGGUCCAAAAGUUUGCCUUUGGCAAAGGCGACCCGGACGACUUAAUAUGUCUAUCCCGUGCGAUUGAGGCCUCCAAAGAAGUCAGACAAGUCCUUUCGGAUCACAGUAGGCUGCCAUCGUCAAUUAAUUCGCUCGAUUCGAAUCUCAGCAUUAGCUCCAUGAUCGCACGUCUUUACCUUGAUGGCCCUUCUGCGCUGGCGGACCAAAUACUCGCAGCAAUCGACGAAGAAGGCCUACUACAAAAACAACGCAUUGAAGAUAGUACCGCCGCAGAGGCAGCUAGUUUGGCGCAAAAGGUGACCAUGGACGAGGGCACAUCCAGCGAGCUCGAAGCACUGCCGAAAAAGGUCAGGGCCAAGAAAGGCGAGCGAGCUGUCGCAGUCGACACUGACUCCGGUCCCCUCGAUACGUGGAUCAUGAGACGUGACGCAAGUCGAAAUCUGAACACCCUGCACAAGAAACUAGAAAGCUUAAGUGAAGAAAAAGUAUCUUUGACCCAGCGAUUGCGUGAUUCAGUUGAUUCAUCAGCCUUGAGCCUGAAAUGGACACCAGGAUUGGGUCAUAUUUGCCACGUCAAAGGGGCGAAAAUCUCUCAAAGCUCCUUAGAAGACUUGGGAGUCACACGAAAUGUAUCAUCCACUAAGUCCACGCGGUCUUUUUACCUACCAGCCUGGACAGAGCUAGGUGCAAAAAUGGACCAUGUGAAAAUUCGGAUACGUCAAGAGGAGCAGGCAAUCUUUGAGCGCCUCCGCCGUGAAGUCAUCUUGAACUUGGUCAAAAUCCGCCGAAACGCUGCAGUAAUGGAUGAACUAGACGUGGCCUGUUCAUUUGCCCUUCUAGCCCAGGAGCAGCAAAUGGUACGACCCAUCCUCAAUGAUGGCACCUGCCACAAAAUUGUUAGCGGAAGACAUCCCACCGUCAAGUUGGGUCUUGAGGAACAAGGGCGCUCAUUUGUGAGCAACGAUUGCUUUCUGGGUGAUUCUGAGCGCAUCUGGCUCAUCACCGGACCAAACAUGGCAGGCAAAAGUACAUUUUUACGACAAAACGCAUUGAUCACCAUUCUCGCACAGGUGGGAUCUUUUGUACCUGCAGCUUAUGCCGAAAUCGGUAUUGUCGAUCAAAUAUUCAGUCGGAUCGGCGCAGCUGAUGACCUCUUCCGUGAUCAGUCAACAUUCAUGGUAGAGAUGCUGGAAACAGCUGCCAUUCUCAAGCAGGCCACGCCCAAGUCAUUUGUAAUCAUGGAUGAAGUGGGUCGCGGAACAACACCUGAAGAUGGUACUGCUGUCAGCUUCGCGUGCCUUCAUCAUUUGCACUAUCACAAUCAGUCUCGUGUCCUGUUCGCAACUCAUUUCCAUGCUCUCGCGGAUAUGACGGAGAAGUUUGAGAAAUUGGAACGGUACUGCACGGAUGUCAAAGACCUACCCUCAGGGGCCUUUUCUUUCGUCCACAAGCUACGCAAGGGUGUAAAUCGCCAGUCUCAUGCUCUGAAGGUUGCUCAGCUUGCUGGUUUGCCCAUCACAACGCUGGAGCUUGCUACACGCGUUCGUCAGGAGAUGCGAAAUGAAACAGCAGCUGCUGGGACUUUGGAUGAAACCAACCUCUAA